AUGAAACAAGAAGAUCCUUUUGUAUUCUGGAUAUGGGAUUCUGGAUAUGGUUUGAGACCGUGGUUAUUGACACCAAUCAACGACCAUCUACCGAAUAGCCCAGAAGCUAGGUAUAAUAAUUGGUUAUAUAAAACCAGGUCAAUUAUAGAACGGUGUAAUGGUGUACUUAAGAUGAGAUUUAGAUGUUUACUUAAACAUAGAGUUUUACACUACACACCGGAAAAAGCGGCUAGUAUAAUAAAUGCCUGUGCUAUAUUGAAUAAUAUUUGUAUAAUCAAUAAUCUACCUCUUAUAAAUAAUAAUGAUAUCGAUGAAAAUGAUUUGGGCCUUUUAAAUUAUACUGCUCCGAAUGAAACAAACAUAAUUAAUAAUUAUAUUGUAGCAGGAAGACGUAUGCAACAAUUAAUGAUAGAUUCAUAUUUUCAGUAAUAAAAUUAAAUAAAU